GUUGUUUACGUGUAUGACAAUCCUUGGCCAUGCAUGCAUGACCUAGAAGCACCGGGGUCGUAACACCGCCUGGGGAAGAAGACAAUAGCCAUUUAGGCUCGGGCUUGCAUGACCUAGAAGCACCGGGGUCGUAACACCGCCUGGGGAAUUAGACAAUAGCCGUUUAGGCUCGGGCUGUGCACCCCGAGCAGGGUCACGUGAGCGGCUCUUUGUCCCAAGGUUCAACGGCUCAUGGAACUUGACUUUCUGAACAAUUUUCUCAUUCUCAUUACGACGAAUUGAUUCAGACAUCAAUUUUGCUUCUUGUUGAGAAGCAAGAGAACAGAUCCUUGCGUGUCUCGUGAAGCUAGGACGACGCAUGUCAGGCUUCGGAGCUCCUGGUGGCGGCGCCGUCAACGUCAAGCCUUCGCCUCCCGAACGCGGUUCCUUCCCACUCGAUCACGAUGCAGAGUGCAAGCAUCUCAUUUCCUCCUAUCUACGGUGCCUUCGGAGACAGAAUCCGCCGGGACGGAACAACGAAGAAUGCAGGGUAUUAGCAAAGGACUAUCUCAACUGUCGCAUGGAAAAAGGCCUUAUGGCUAAAGACGAGUGGUCAAACUUGGGCCUGAAUUUCGACAAGCUCGCAGAGGAUACCUCGUCUGAGGGGACCGACAGCAAGGCAGGAGGAAAUAGCAGUGGAAGUUAAGAGCAUGAUUUAGAGUGAUGGGAGACCUUGCUGGGUCACUCGCAGCCGCGAGCCUUCAUGGUCGACAACCCUAUGUACCGCAACUGCACAUCAACAUGUCAAUGUCCUUUACCAAGUACGUGUCUUUUGCAUGUCGCGGAUCCGGGCUUUGGAGCAUAUCUUCGUAUCUUCCGGGUUUGUUUUUGCGCAAACCUUCAGCAGCAAACCCAGUGAUUGGAUGCUGUCAAUGCUCGCCACCUCUGAGCAAGGUCAUUGGCCUCUUUUAUAACGGGCAAACAUCAAACGGAAUUUACCAGAUGAAUUGGGCGUGGUUCUUGCAAAGGCAUGACCCUUGGUAACGCUCCACUACCAUGUCGAUGGUCUUGUUCUUUUGACAAAGUCGGUCAACAGGAUCGACGGAAUCGAUCUUCUACAAGCUUGGGGCAAAGUUA